UGAACUGGCACGUUCGAACGUUCGGAUGAGUAAACCCACCACAUCUGCCGUUGGACUUGACUUGGUGCAGAUAAAAUAAGAAAUAAGUCACCCAGUGAUAGGAAAUUAAGUCAAUUUACGUGUCCAGCCUGUCUGAUUCUGAUUUUCGACAUGGCAGAUUUUAUGGACUUUGAUGAAUGUCUAACUGAUAACAUUCAAAAAAUCCUGCCCCACUUAAGUGCUUCUGACGCUUCUGAUGUAUCUCGAUUCUUGCAAAAUAAAGGAGUCAGAAAGUUAGUUGAUCUCAGACGCAUAACUGUAAAUAUCCUCAAUGAAAAGUUAAACUUCAUAGAAUCUUCUGACCUUUAUGAUGCUUGGCAAAGUGCAUAUGGAACGUCUCAGUCUUCCAACAAUGAGCAACCGACAUCAAGUGCGGCUCAACCAUCAAAUUCUUCAAGAAUACCCCUUAGAACACUUCAGGAGAAUGCCAGGGAAACCAUUAGUCAAUCCCGGAUUCCGGUAUUUGAUGAAAAUAGCCCAUACUUUCCAUCAGGAGUGAGGGCAGCUAUUAAAGCCAAUAAAAGACCCUCUCCAGACGACAGACAAUUGAUGGUUGAAAAUGUUGUCGACUAUUGCAAGGAGAAAAUUCCCAACUUCUAUAGAACUGAUCUUGCUGUUGUUGCUAAGCAAAUUGUGAAAGACUAUGAAAAAUCAUUUAAGGAUACUAUUGUAGUAAGUGAUCAUGGAAGUGACAGUCUUUACAAGCAAUUCAUAAGCAGAUUAGAUAAUCAGGAUAGGAAAAAUAAGAGAAAGGCAAAAGCUGCUGAUAAAGAGGCUUCUGGAUCUAAAGAAGCCUAUGGUUGUGUGUUAUGGGAUCCACCCCUCCCUCCUUCCGAAACCGAGGAAUCUCUUGAAAUAAUAAGACUUGAUUUAGAGAAGAUGUCCCGCAUUUCAAAGAAAGAUUGGGAUUGGAGGAUCAUCAAGAAAAAAUUAACUGAUUCAUAUUAUUUACAAAGGAAGCAUAUUAAUGUCACUAUAGCCCCAGCCCCACAGCAAAAGAAAGGGACUAAGAGAAAGCGCGCUACUGUUGAGGAAGAGGAAGAAGAAUCAACAGACGACCCUGUUGUUUCUGUGCCAGUUAUUAAAUCAAAGUGGCCGCUUUUGUUCAGUGCUCAGGGAAUGAACAUACACUUCAAGAUCCUCACAAAUGUUGAUCUGAAAGGAAAAAUUAGUGCAUAUGUAGCAUCAGAAUCUAAGAGGUUGAUUGAAUUCCUUUCAACAAAGAACGACAGUCUAGCAAAAUUAAAGAGAAAUAUGGCACGGGCAGAGGAGCAAGGGCUUGGUUCAACCAAACUGGUGGCUACUAUCAACAUGCUUAUUUGCUAUUUUAAGGAGGACAUGGAAUACUUUGUCAGAUUUACAGAGAAAACAUCAACCUAUGAGGAAGUGAAAGAGUUCCAUGAUCUCCCAGCUGAGAAAACACCCAUUCUUGUAGCUGCAGGUGAUUCUCUUUAUAACUUUGAGAAGCUAUUUGUGUUCAUUGACAACAUUCUUGUAUCAGUUGUAAAAAAUAUACUGGAUGGACUGGUGCUGCUAUUCAGUGCUCACUUUAUCUUCAACAUAUACUACUCUGAGAAGGUUGCUUGUUUCCUCACCUUUAUCCAGAAAGCAAUUGCUGGCAUAAGCCCGACAAGAGGGUCCAAAAGCUUGAAUGCUGCAUUAACAAGAAGAGCUAAUGAGAAAACUGUUAAAAUUCAAAAUUCCAUGGAAUUAGUCAAACAACAGGAGCUGGAGGAAAAAAAUGCCCCCCUGUAAUACAUUUUAUAUUCACCCUUCUCAAUAGGCAAUUUCACUGACCAUUAAGAUUUUAUAGCUGUUUUAUAUGUUGUUUUAUCAAGCAAACUUUUUUUGCUUCAAGUAAGUUUUUUUGUGGAGGGAUAUAGAGUUUAACAAAACCAGCUCCUAACAACAGCUGUUUUAUAUUUUGUUAUCAAGCAAAGUUGUUUUUGUUUUAAGUUUUAAGGUACUUUUUUGGUAGAGGGACAUAGUGGUUAACAAAACCAGCUCCUGAUAAAAUGUGAUCAAUAUUUA